AUGGUAAAACAUGCUUAUACAUUUCAUGAUGACAACUUGAAUAUUGGCUCACAGGGGCAAUCAUCAGAUACAGCAUAUUGCAUAGACAUCAAUAAUUGCUUCUGUCCCAAGAUAAGUGGGGACUUGGAGAAGGAAAACUGCAGCACUGUGUCAGAGUUCAUUCUUCUGGGAUUAUCUGACAUUUCUGAGCUGAGCGUCUUCCUCUCCCUGGUGUUCCUUCUCAUCUAUGGAGUCACAGUGAUGGGCAACCUGGGCAUGAGCACAGUGAUCCAGGUCAGCUCUCAGCUUCACACCCCCAUGUACUUUUUUCUUAGCCACUUGUCCCUUGUGGAUUUAUGCAACUCCACCAUCAUUGUGCCUAAGAUGCUGGCCAAUAUCUUAGACCAGGGAAAAGCCAUUUCCUUCCAGGGGUAUAUGGUACAAUUCUAUUUGUUUGGUACAUGUGUGAUCACUGAGGUCAUCCUGUUGGCCGUGAUGGCCUAUGACCGCUUUGUGGCCAUCUGUUACCCACUGCUCUACAUGGUUAUCAUGUCCCAGAAACUCUGUUUUGGAGUGGUGUCUGUGUGCUAUCUCUGUGGAACAGUAUGUUCUCUAAUUCACAUAUGUUUGGCCUUUGAGAUCCCAUCCUAUAGAUCGAAUGUGAUUAACCACUUCUGUGAUUUACCCCCUCUCUUAUCACUCACCUCCUCUGAUGUGUCUGUGAAUGAACUGGUGGUGUACAUUGUGGCCACUUUCAAUGAGAUCAUCACCAUCGUGAUCGUCCUCACUUCCUAUUUGUUUACCCUCAUCACCAUCCUGAGGAUGUGCUCUGCAGAGGGAAGGCACAAAGCCUUUUCCACCUGUGUCUCCCACCUCACAGCCAUCAUUGUCUUCCAUGGAACAAUCCUUUUCCUUUAUUGCAGGCCCAGUUCUGACUACAGUCUGGAAACUGAUAAAGUGGCCACAGUGUUCUAUACUGUAGUGAUUCCCAUGCUGAACCCCCUGAUCUAUAGCCUGAGGAACAAGGAUGUGAAAGCAGCUCUCUGGAAAAUGGUGGGCUAA